GCAGUAGGGAGCGGCUAAGACAGGAGUAUCUCCCAGGCGAUUCACCCGAGCAUUCUCAAGCCUCGCGUCCAGGUCUCAGCAGCUGCAGUGAGCGGCCAGCGCCGAGGCAGAAAGGCCCUUCUCACUGACUGCAAUUCCAGGCACAGGGCCGAGCGCACCCGCGGGAGCCACCCUGCGCCCGUACCCCUUAGCGCCCCCUUUGGUUCGUGCUGGCUCUCCUGGUGGCUUCAGCCCGUGAUGCCAGGACACGCUCCUUUCCUCGUGGUCCGGGGACUCCUGAGCGCCUGGUUGUUGAGCGGCCUGUGGGUCUUUUCGCUGAGCGGCCUGGGCUUGGCGGGCUCGCUGGUGACGCCGCCACCAUGCCAGGCACCACAGCAGUGGGAGGGACGCCAGGUCGUGUACCAGCAGAGCAGCGGGCAUUACAGCCGCGCCUUGCUCUCCUACGAUGGCCUUAACCAGCGCGUGCGGGUGCUGGACGAGAGGAAGGCUCUGAUCCCCUGCAAGAGAUUAUUUGAGUAUAUCUUGCUCUACAAGGAUGGAGUGAUGUUUCAGAUUGAACAAGCCACCAAACAGUGUGCCAAGAUUUCCCUGACUGAUCCUUGGGAUCCUCUUGACAUUCCCCAGAACUCUACGUUUGAAGACCAGUACUCUAUUGGGGGACCUCAGGAGCAAAUCAUGGUCCAGGAGUGGUCCGACAGAAAAUAUGCACGAUCCUAUGAAACCUGGAUUGGCAUUUAUACAGUCAAGGAUUGUUAUCCUGUCCAAGAAACCUUCACUAGAAAUUACAGUGUGCUACUGUCCACACGGUUUUUUGAUGUGCAGCUGGGCAUAAAAGACCCCUCGGUGUUUACCCCUCCAAGCACGUGCCAGACAGCCCAGAUGGAGAGAAUGAGCGAGGACUGCCCCUGAGGACCCUGUGGACCCUGGAGUGGCCGCCUCUGACAACACAUGUCCAUGGCACCAGCUGCAAACAGAUUUGAGACUGAUUGGGUUGAGAGUCCUCACUAGAGACAACUAUAAAUUUUGGACAUUGCUAUGGAUUUGUUAGUUUGGCUAAUUUUGAUGACUCUAGCUAUGUUUACACAAAAAUCAAAUGGAAUAAUAGUGGUAAUUUUAGCUCAGUAAUGGCUAAUAUAGAUACUUCAUAUAUAGUUAUGUACCACAAAAUAUAUUUUGAUCAGUGAUGGAUC